AUGUCGGCCGAUGCUAACGAGAAUGCCAUGGGAAUGAAGGAGAAAGAAUUAGCUGCUGUCAAGAUCAAUGCAGCUGACAUUGAUAUCAUUGCAAAUGAUCGCAUGUGGGAAGAUUGUUAUGAUAAUGAAUGUGGCAACGCUGAAAAUGGUGAGAUUAUCGAACAUGCUCUUCAAGAAGAACUAUCACGACUUGCUGUUGACGAAGCAGCUAGAUUUUCACAUGAAGUGGCAAAGGAUUUGCAAGCAUCUAUUCUUCCAAAAGGAUGGCCCGAUCAAUCUAUGGAAAAUUAUGGAUUCGAGCAUGAGAGCGGCCAUGAAGAUAUAGAUGGUAUGGGACUUUCCAGUUCAUGUUCUAGUCUUGACGAAAAGUCACACAAUGGGGAGGGUUGGUUAUAUUCUCUAGAUCUGAUAGAUGAGCAUGCACUCGAUGUUGAAGUAGGCAAAAUAUUGAAUUAG